AUGUCAGACAACAUGCCCAUCUCAUCGAAGAGCGCCGGCAAAAUGCCAUGCAAAGACGUACCGCCAAGCGAAGCCGCUCCUGUCGACACUGCCGUCGACACAGACAAUGCCACAGAAGAAAAUUUGCCCCUCGCAGAACUGCACUCUGUCACGUUCGAUGCCGACGACGAGAAACACCUCGUGUGGAUGGCCAAGCUCGCACCGUGUACCGACGACAUCGAAGUGGCACGCCGCUUGUCGCUGCAGCCGAAUUGGGAAGAUUGCCGCCAAAGUGUCCUGAUAAGCAAGGAGGGCGUGGAUGCAUGGUGGGGAAGCGGGAACCAGGAGGGUAUUCAGGAUGCAUGUGAAGGCCUGACGUCGUGGGUACUUGCGCUGCUGCAAGUGUUGGAACAACUGGACGGUCUCAACGAGCAGGAGUCUGCUCGUUGUGUGGAGGAAUGGGAUCAAACAAUGGCUGCCAGCUUGCCGGACUCAGAGAAGUGCAGGGAGUGUGGGGGGUGCCCGUGCAGGGGAGUGGGCCCUUCGAAUUCUGCACGGGAUGAGGAUGUUAACAACUGGCAGCGGAUGUGGAAUGCCAUGGGGACGGCAGAGAGUGGCCUGAUGGUUGUGUGGUUCUCGAGGUGGGACAUCUUGAUGAGGCAGUGUGCGAAGAUGCGGCGGGCCUGCCAAAAGCUGUUGCGGAUGCUGGAGAUUGUGAGGCUGGGCCGGGACCCCAGUCCAGGGGAGUAUGAGAUCGAUUGCUAG